UCCGGACAGACGGCUGAAGCCUGCUGCAUCAGAUACUUCACAGCUGUUUACGAUGAUGGUUAUAUCGUUUGUCCCGGUGGUGCUGCUAUCACUGUGCGCCGCUCAGGCUGACAGCGUGGCCAUGACCUUCGAAAACAAGGACCCGACCACCGGUUUAUCCGUGACGUGUGACCGCUGUUCCCCUGGGACGUACCUGCGCACUCGUUGCUCAUCCACGAAGAAGAGCGAGUGCGCUCCGUGUCCGCCCGGCUCCUUCACGGAGGUGUGGAACCACAUCGGGAGAUGUCUUCGCUGCGGAGUCUGCAGCCACAAUCAGGUGGUGAAGACCCCGUGCACGGCGGACAGAGACUGCGAGUGCCAGUGUAAACCGGGGUACUACUACAAACAAGAGUACGAAAUGUGCGUCCGCCACAGCGAGUGUUCAUCCGGACAAGGAGUGGUGACCAAAGGUACACCUGAUCAGGACACGGUGUGCCAGAUUUGCCCCGAAGGCACCUACACUGACAUUUUCUCUGCUCAUCACAACUGCACGGCACACAAGAGCUGCAGCAAUGCAGGACUGCAGCUGGUACUGAUGGGUUCAUCCUGGCACAACAGUGUGUGUGCAAACUGCAGUGAGCUCAAAGAUGGUGCUGACUACCUCAGAGAAAUCCUCCCAGCUUUCUUUGUGCGCCAUAACAUGAAUGUCAAACACUUGCGCCGAAUUGUGCACAAGCUCCCAUCUGAGGAUGGUAAGAGAAGAACUUCAGAUCUUAAUUCCUCAGAGCUUCAUGAACAGCUCAACACCUGGAUAGUCUCCGCAAGACCAGAGCACCAUUCGGGAGCUUCCAUCAAUACUGACUAAAACCGGAGUGAUCAGUGCUGGGAGAGAUUAGACUCCAAGCUGAGAAGAAUUAACAUUCAGCUGAAAUGUCAGUGUAGAGGAAUGAGGUGGAGAUGGUUUAAU